UGGGCUCCUAUCAACUCGUCUCUUACUUUACCUCCUGGAGGAAAACCCAACUGGAGCCCCUCCUUUUUCUGCCUUCGGCUUGGGUCCUAUAUUAUAAACCAAAGGGAGGAAGGACAGCUAUAGCUAGCUGCAUCAGAGAGCUCCAUACCUAGUCGAUCGUCUGCUCUCUUCUGCCUAGCUAGAGUUCCGGGCUGAGACUAAGAAGAGGUCGAGAUGGGGAGGGGAAGGAUUGAGAUCAAGAGGAUCGAGAACACGACUAGCCGGCAGGUGACCUUCUGCAAGCGCCGGAACGGGCUCCUCAAAAAGGCCUACGAGCUCUCCGUCCUGUGCGACGCCGAGGUGGCGCUCAUCGUCUUCUCCAGCCGCGGCCGCCUCUACGAGUACUCCAACAACAGUGUCAAGGCUACAAUUGACAGGUACAAGAAGGCACAUGCUUGUGGCUCAACCUCUGGGGUACCUCUCAUAGAAGUCAAUGCUCAGCAAUACUACCAGCAAGAAGCUGCAAAGCUGCGCCACCAGAUCCAGAUGCUGCAAAGCACUAACAAGCACUUGGUUGGUGAUUCUGUUGGGAACCUGUCACUCAAGGAGCUGAAGCAACUCGAAAGCCGGCUUGAGAAAGGCAUUGCGAAGAUCAGGGCCAGGAAGAAUGAGCUCCUAUCUUCUGAGAUCAACUACAUGGUCAAAAGGGAGAUAGAGCUUCAGAGUGACAACAUUGAUCUCAGAACCAAGAUUGCGGAGGAGGAGCAGCGGAUGCAGCAGGUGACUAUCGCCAGGCCCUCGGCGGCGCCGGAGCUGAACCCUUUCACCGCACUGGACAUGAAGUGCUUCUUCCCUGCCAACCUCUUCGAGGCGGCGGUGCAAGCGCACGCGCAGGCACAGGCUCAGGCUCAUGCUCAUGCUCAGGCCUCGCUUCAGCUGAACCUAGGCUACCAGCAGCUUGCUCCACCGGGCGCGGGCGAUGUGGCUCAUCAGUUCUAGUAAACCUGCAGGAGCUCUUGCUUGACUACACACACUGCAAUAAAACUGGAAAGUGGUCGGCAGUGUUAUCAGUACUCAACUGUUCCGGUCAAACCGUCUGGCUAAGAUAUAUGUGUGCCAAGUUUUAUUGUCCCAAGUACCUCUAAAUUUGCCGCUGGUGUAGAACCAAAUUUCUGAGAAUUACUCACGUAUAUUCUGACGAAUUGCUACACAAUUGUGCAGUAAAACCUAUUGAUUAAUAAUUACUUU